UCAACCCCAAGCUGGACCAGUUCCACUGCUACCCCAUGGAAGACCGCAGGCCCCGUCACAUAGCCCUCCUCUCUAGCCCUGGCAUGGGCCACCUCAUCCCCCUCGCUUCGUUCGCCCGCCAUCUGGCUCGCCACCACCACUUCGCCAUCACCCUCAUCGCCCACCCCACGGACCACUCCGACUCCUCCGGUAACCGCUCCUUCGCGGACUCCCUCCCGGAUGAAGUCAAUGUUGUCUCCCUCCCCAACUUACCUCCCGACGCCUUUCCCGAUACCAAGGCCGAAGCACGCGUCUUUCUCACUGUUAAAGCCAACCUCCCUCACCUCCGUUCUCUUUUGAGGUCUCUAGAGUCCACCGCCCCUCUCGCAGCUCUCGUCGUCGAUCCUUUUUGCCUUGAUGCCUUCGACAUCGCCGCCGAGCUCGGCUUGCCGGUCUACUUCUUCUCCACCUCGUCGUGCAUGAUUCUCUCGUUUGCCUUCCACCUCCCCGCGCUGGACGCGUCGUUCGUAGGUGAGUACCGGGACCUCCCCGAACCGGUCCGGUUGCCUGGGUGCGUGCCGGUCCAGGGGAAGGAUCUCAUCGAGCCGAUUCAGGACCGCGGAAAGGAGACGUACAAGUUGUUUUUGAACUCGACGAAACGACUUCCUGAAGCCAAGGGAGUUCUGACGAAUAGCUUUGAGGAUCUGGAGCCCGGGGCUGUGAAGGGUUUGAAGGAUGGUGAAGGGAUACCUCCGGUCUAUCCGGUUGGCCCGUUGAUCUGGACCGUACCGGAUGAGGAGCACGAGUGUUUGCGGUGGCUGGACCGGCAGCCUCCUGGUUCGGUGGUGUACGUGUCGUUCGGGAGUGGGGGAACGCUCACGUUGGCCCAGACAAGGGAGUUGGCUUUAGGUCUGGAGAUCAGCGGGCAGCGGUUCUUGUGGGUGGCGAAGAGCCCGCAUGAGAGUGAGGCUAAUGCGGCUUAUUUAAGCGCCAGGAAGAACGAGAAAAACCCCUUGGACUUCUUGCCCGAGGGCUUCUUGGAGAGGACCAAGGACUUGGGCUUCAUAGUCCCUUCAUGGGUUCCUCAGGUACAAGUACUCGGCCAUGCUUCUACUGGUGGUUUUCUGACACAUUGCGGGUGGAACUCCACACUUGAGAGCAUUGUGAAAGGAGUACCAUUGAUUGCGUGGCCUCUGUAUGCAGAGCAAAAGAUGAACGCAAUCCAGCUUACCGAGGAUGUGAAGGUGGCGCUGAGGCCCAAGGUUACCGAGAGCGGUUUGGUGGGGAGAGAAGAAAUUUCAAGGGUAGUUAAGUGUCUAAUGGAAGGUGAAGAAGGGAAGAGAUUGCGGAAGAGGGCGAAGGAGCUUAGUGAUGCGGCUGGUCGUGCUCUCGGCCCGGGCGGGUCUUCCAUCAGGGCAAUGGCGGAUGUCGCCCGUGAAUGGAUGGACGGAAGUUAGUCAUAAUUGUUGAGCUGCUAUUGCCAGUAUCAGUACUUGUAUAAUAUUUUUUAAUCUUAACUUCGAAACAGUAUCCAUGUGGUCGACCUACCAUAGA